AUGGUUUGCCACCUGUCCCGAGAUCACAGAGAACACACUGUGGUUCCCAUAGAGGAGGCUGCCGAGGAGUACAAGGACCAAAUUCGGAGCUGUUUGAAGACUUUGAAGAAAGAGAAAGAAGAGAUUCUGUCAUUUAAAUUGAGAGGGGAAAAUAAAAGCCAUGAACUGCUGAAACAGCUAGAAACUGAGAAGCAGAAGAUUGUGUCUGAAUUUCAGCAACUGCGCCAGUUUCUGGAGGAACAAGAGCGACUCCUGCUGGCCCAGCUGGAAGAGCUGAAUAAGGAAAUUGAAAAGAGGAGGGCUGAGUAUGUUGCCAAAUUAUCUGAGGAAAUAGCUUCUUUCAGUUCCUUGAUCACUGAGAUGGAGCAGAAGUGCCAGCUGCCAGCAAGUGAAUUCCUGCAGGUGAGACGGUGUUAGAAACACCCCACAAC